CGUCCUUCUCUCUCUGCGUGGGGAGCAGCGGCCAGCAGCAACCUGCAGCGUCCUCGGAUCUGAAGCUUUCUGGAGUCAGGACCAGUCACAGCGCCAUGGGUCUGUUCAGCUUCCUGAGUGCGAUCAUCACCAGAGCUUUGUUCAUUCUGGUUUCUCUGGUGGCCGUCUGGAGGGUGACAAAAGUCAAGGAAGAUCCCUAUUACUGGCUGCUGACUUUUCUCUUUCUGCCGCUUGCUGUUGAAAUGAUCAUAACGCUGAAGAAGCAGAAGGGACAUGAGUACAAAUGGUUUUCUCCCACCAUUUUUCUCUUUCUCAUAAGUAUCAUUCCCUCCAUCUGGAUCCUGGAGCUUCAUCACCAGCAGAACAAGGCGCAGGACGACAAGUGCAACCGUCUGGAUUCUAAGGAUGUUUUCCACAAAUUAAUCGCCCUGAAUGAAACAUCAGGAAACAUCACAGCAUAUGAGUACUUAAAGAGAUUUGGUCACAUGGUGUCGAAUUUUUGCCCAAACAACUGGAUCCUGGCUCUUCAUCAGAUCCUGCUCAUCCUCCUCAUCAUAGGGAAGUGGAUUCUGCCUUUGGGAGGCGGGGUCACCAGAGACCAGCUGUCUCAGCUGCUGCUCAUUUUCGUUGGCACAGCGGCAGACAUCCUCGAGUUUACCAGCGAGACGCUGGAUGAUGUAAAAGACACCAGUCCUCAGCUGGUCUACAUCAUCUUAGCUGUAUGGAGUUGGAGCAUGAUGCAGUUCCCCUGUCAUCUGUGUGAGAAAAGGCUGCGGUCAGAUCUGGGCGUCUAG